UUUGUUUAGUCCGUAAUCAGCACCAUUUGGACGAACAGCCUUCAAGGCAGCAUAGCGUUGUUCUGAGUGUGCUGAAGUUUAGCCAGAGUAGCCUCGGAAGGUGCGUAAUUAAGACUGGAGCUCGAAAAUGAUGAGGUGUGUCUUUUUGUUGGUAUCUGUCUUGAUAUGUAGGGCGGCGGCACUGUACGACUCACGGGACGACGUUGUUGAGCUGACAGACAGCAACUUCCGAAAUCGGGUGCAAAACAGUGAUGAAGUCUGGAUUGUCGAAUUCUUCGCCCCGUGGUGCGGUCACUGUAAAAAUCUGGCCCCUGAAUAUAAGAAAGCAGCACGAGCUCUCAAAGGCGUUGUGAAAAUUGGAGCUAUCGACGCGGACCAACAUAAAUCAAUCGGUGGUCAAUAUGGAAUUCGUGGAUUCCCAACGAUCAAAAUAUUUAUUCCUGGGAACUCAAAACCCAUCGAGUAUCAAGGAGCACGUACCGCUGACGGACUUGUUGACGCUGCCCUGAGAGAACUGAAGAAUGUUGUCAACAAGAGGCUUGGCAGAGGAAGCUCUUCUAGCGGUUCUUCUGGGACAGGAGGAUCUGAAAAUGAUAAAGAUGUUGUGCAACUAACCGCAGAGAACUUCAAAAAGCUGGUCCUUGAUUCGAAAGAUCUUUGGCUGGUUGAGUUCUUCGCACCAUGGUGUGGUCACUGUAAAAAUCUUGCACCACACUGGGCUAAAGCGGCCACACAGCUGAGGGGUCAAGUGAAACUCGGUGCGGUUGAUGCUACUGUGUACCAAGAACUAGCCCAGGAAUAUGGCGUUCGCGGAUAUCCUACUAUCAAAUAUUUCCCGGCUGGACCAAAGGAUCGGUCAUCUGCCGAAGAGUAUAACGGUGGUCGAACUGCCGAUGACAUCGUUGCCUGGGCAUCGGAGAAAGCGCUCGAAAACGCUCCACCGCCUGAAGUAAUUCAGCUCACAAAUGAAAAACUACUCAUCGAUGCAUGCACUGAUAACCAACUAUGUGUGGUGGCCGUUCUACCGCACAUACUUGACUGCCAAUCGGAAUGCCGUAAUAACUUCAUCACUGACCUUAAAAGCCUCGCGGAGAAAUUCAAGAAGCAGAAGUGGGGUUGGUUGUGGUCCGAGGCCAUGGCUCAGCCGAAACUCGAGGAGGCCCUAGAAAUCGGCGGUUUUGGCUACCCAGCUCUAGCUGUGGUCAACUCGCGCAAGAUGAAAUACUCGCUUAUGCGCGGCUCCUUUUCUUUCGACGGCAUCAGUGAGUUCCUUCGGGAGGUGUCCUUCGGAAGAGGCCGUAGCGCACCUGUAGCGGGCGCCAAACUGCCGAAGGUCGAACCGAUCCAAGCUUGGGAUGGUAAAGAUGGCAAAUUGGAAGAACCAGAGGAUAUUGAUCUAUCUGAUGUGUCUCUUGAAGACGAUGAACCUAAUCCGGCCAAGCGCACCGAGCUUUAAAAAGGCGUCUUGGUCAUGAAAGCGUAUACCAACAGCAUGAUAAUUAGUCGAAGUUUUAAUAAGACACCAGACUAUUCCACACCGAUGGCCACGCUGGUCCAGCACAGUACAUGGCCACACAAUAUUAUAUUCUGUGCAGCAGAUUAGCAAACUAAUCUUGCGUAGUAAAACGUUGAACUGUUAAAGCAGUUCUGACAGCGUAACACGUUUUCCAAGCUUUGUCAACCAGUUGGGAAUAUAUUACAAUCCACUUGAUCCUCAAUCCGUACAGCUCCUGCCAAUGUCUACGACAACGUAGUUCUACAACGUUGUUGUAAAUCUACAAAGUCGUGGAGCACGGUACCAUUGUAGUUUUGUAAUUAAAGUUUUAUAAAAAAAAAUGGAAGAGAUAGCUCUCGCGUGGAAAGUUUAUACUAUUAUCGUGGGUAUAAUAGGGACACUGAAUAUCGUGGCACAGAUAUGGAGCGCAGAGACGCUGUUUCCAGACAAGCGUAUAUAUAUAUAUAUAUAUUAUAUGUAAAUAAAAGUAUGGAGAGGCGGUAUAGGGGU